AUGUCGUCUAAUACAAUUGCAAUCCCGGCGGCCCGCUCCUCCUCUACGGCCUAUGAUCAAUCACCUAAGGCCGGCGGCAGCUCAUCCUCCUCGUCGUAUUCGAGCUCCCCACAAACCCCUAGUUCCAGUGUUGCGUCACCAGACCGAUCCGCACGAAAGUUAGGGUCGGGACACCAACGUAGACAGAGUCUCUUGAGCUCUGCUUUCUGCAAGGACGAGUGCACAGUGAUCAAUAUCGGGGACCCGGACGGAGCACCUCGAUUGAUCUCCUACCUUGCUUCGAGCCAGGGCUUUGCGUGGAACCCCGAACUCUUCGUCCCGUCUUACGUCGAUUGCGACUACGUACCCUUAGAAAACCGUCGAGAGCCCGUACACGAGAUCCGACUCAGUGACGAGGAGAUCAAGGCGAUGUUGCCGUAA